GACUUAGACAUUUUUUCAUCCUUCAGAGUUGAAUUUGUUCAUCAGUUCAAAAUUCUGAAAAAUUUUCAAAGCCAAAUUUUUUUGGGGCUGAUGAUGUUUCUUCAUUUUGAGCAGAAAAAAGGGAAAAGGAUUCUCAUGAUAGUAUGUAGUUUGCAUUUCGCGCGGCAUUACACUCAACUGACACCCAUUACCAUUUGAGAUCGAUAGUCCCCGAGCAAGACAGGUGAUCGAGAUUACCGGAUUUAUGGUAUUGUACUCGUCUUCAACAGAUAAAUGCCACCUAUAAAGGCAUUGUCGAAUUGUCCAUUUUAUGCAUGAUCAGAAAUUCUCUCGUCAAACUUUACCACACUGCGCACAGACGUUUACAUUGUGUAUGUCUCUGUGGUCUACUGGCCACAUCUGCUUGUUGUCAUACAAGAAUCAACUUCGGUCUUGUAAGUCAAAGUGAACUUGUUCUUGAUAAAAUGAACUGCGUCAUUGCCAUGACUGGCAAUUCGACUCAGGAAAGCUGACUAUGGAAAUUCGCAGGUUUACAGUGAUACUUUUAUGUUCUUUUCUGACAUCAACUGGUGGAGACAUGGGGGAGGGCGAGAUAGAAUGUUAUUUCUGUGAAGGUGAUGCCAAGAACAGCACGUGUGCCAACAAUGGUACCGACUUCGACCUGCAUCCCGAUGUGCGAGUGGGCAUGUGCAAAAAGGGCAUGUGUGUCAAGUGGGCAAGGCGGAAGAACGGGACCAUGUGGUUGGAGCGAACCUGUACCUAUGCGAUGGAGAACUUUCAUCUCAUCGUCAGCGAUGAUUGCAGGAAGGAGAAAUAUGGCAACGGAUUUAUCUGUAUGUGUGGAAGAGACAAGUGCAAUUCAAGUUUAAGUAUUAACGGAAGAUACCAUACACUGACUACAGUGACCUUAUCUGUACUGACUUCAGUAUUAGCGUUGUAUGGGUGCACGUGAUACAUGGUCUGGACACCACUUUCACGUUCAGGUGUUGGGUGCUGGGAAAUAACAGAUGAACUGUAGAGUUUAGCUGCAGCCCACGAGAUGGCGAUAACUUUUUGUAAGCUGUAUGGCCAUCGUCGCCGUGUGAUGCGCGGUGCAACGCGUUUCACAGGAAAGAUUUGCGCAAAUCGCGUGGGCAGCAUCGUAUCUUUACGUAAGUCUAACAAAACCAAACUGUGAUAUAAUGCAAAUGACAAGUUUUAAUGUUGUAAAUAAAUAAU